AAAAUCAUAUAUUUAGAGAGAGGUUAGGUUUAUAUUAUACCAAGUCCAAGAGUUCAAUAAAAGAAUUUUCUGUCAAAACUAUGGCCGGUUAUUGUAUCACAAGAAAUUUGUUUUCCUCAGUGCUUAAAACUCCUCGGGUUUUCGUUUUUAGAAAUGAACUACCCUUCAGAGUUCAAGUUUCGACAAGUUCUUUGAAGUCCAAACCACCAUCAAUACUUUUAUUAACCGUAGCGGGUGUAGGCGCUGGAGCUAUAUUGGGUGGAGGGUAUUCGUUUUAUUCAAUCAACAAAGGAAAUUCUCCGAUCUCUAACGAUGGGGUUGGUGCCACCAGCUCGGUCAUUCAAAACUUCCCUGGAGUUAGUGUUUCAAGGAGGGUGUUCAAUGAAGCAGACGCCAGUGGCUUACACCUCACAUUAUUUCAGUAUCCUACAUGUCCAUUUUGCUGUAAAGUCCGAGCUUUUUUGAACUUCUAUGGAAUAUCCUAUGACGUUGUGGAAGUUGAUCCAGUUCUAAGGCAACAGAUUGGUUGGAGCAACUAUAAAAAAGUACCUAUACUACUGGCUAAAGUUGAAAAUGGCUAUCAGCAACUUAAUGACAGUUCCAUGAUAAUUUCUGCUCUUGCAUCCUACCUUCAAGAAUCUCAACCGAACUUGUCCGAAAUAGUGAAAUGCUAUCCGAGCAUGUCGUAUCGGGAUGACAACGGAGAUGAAAAGAGUGAGAUUAUGAACCGAUACUUCCUAAUGCUACACGGACAGUUCACAGGACAAACAAAGGAAGAAAUGGAGGAAGAAAGAAAGUGGAGGAAAUGGGCUGACAACACCUUGGUUCACACACUCUCACCAAAUGUUUACCGCACCAAAGAGGAGGCUUUGCAAGCAUUUGAGUGGUUUUCAGAGGUCGGUGAAUGGGACAGAUUAUUCCCAAGCUGGGAAAGAAAUCUGAUCGUUUACGCUGGCGCUUAUGCUAUGCUAUUCAUUGGCAAACGUCUUAAAAAAAGGCAUAAUCUCAAAGACAAUGUAAGGUUGUCACUCUACGACGAAUGUAAUAACUGGAUGAGAAACCUCAAAAAGAAAAAUUCAACUUUCUUGGGAGGCAAACAACCGAACCUAGGAGACCUGGCGGUAUAUGGCGUACUGAGCAGCAUUGAAGGCUGCAUAGCGUUUGAAGACCUUCUGAAGAACACAUCAAUCGGCUCAUGGUACUGGCCGAUGAAAAAACUCGUCCAGUCCAACAUGGGCAUUGUAAUAAGUUAGUCAGAAAACUGUUAAGUCAGUGACCUCUAAGCACAUUUUAAUUUAUUUUUAUCGUGUAUUAUUCUGUACAUACCGCUUUGUUUAAUUAAAUUAUGUUUGUAUAAU